UGUCAUCGUCCUGCCAGCUGAAGUAUUGCGAAUGCGACGAUAAAUACCUUGUUGCGGUCGGCCCAAGACGGUUGUGUGUGUGGCGGCGUACCUGCUCCAUGUCUCAGCCAGUGCAUGACGCGUCCUUCUCCGGUCCCGCUGUGUUGCAGAUGCAGUUGCAUCAGGUGGCCAUGACGCCGGCUCCUACUGAGAAUUUUUGUAGCACACAAUUUCUUCAUGGCACUAGCUCACUUUCGGCUUCUGCAUCGAUUGCUGACGUAGCAUUUCGCAACGCUGUUCUUGGGGCCAGCCACGGUGGGAUGCGGGACGGUCUUGUGUAUCCUGCAGAAGAUCGUUCAUUCAGCGACUCACGUGCAUUGACGGCAUCUUCCAGUCGUUGCACUCCUAUGUUGAAAACUACAGGGACGACGAAUCGGCAAGCAAAAGAACCGGCCUUCUCGAGUGCUGUUUCCCUGCUGUUUGAUGACGGGUCUGUCCGCGUCCUUCGCACGAAGACGCUCGAGCCUCUGUUUGUCCUGGAGGCAGCUGCCACUGGUGCCCCCUUCACGCGGUUUGCGCUGGACUGCUUUUCGAGACGAAUCGUGCUGCUGCGCGGGAAUGGCGGCGAGCUCGAGGUGCGGGAUCUGGAUGUGUGCCGUGCUCUCGCGAAGCGUGAGGCCAGGCGGCGCGCGGCAGUCUUCGGAUGCGGAACACUGCCUACGAAAGCCGCCGUCACUACAACCACUGAAGAGAGCGAGAUGGACGAGGUUUUGCCUUCGAAUUCAUAUACUAUACUAUCUGGAGGUGGACCUGCUUCUUCCGCUGUCAAUGGGAGACAAGAAGUAUUCCAGAAAGUGAAGAGCAUGGUGAACGGCGUAACAUCAAGCUCGGAGGAGAAUUUCCCAGGUCGAUGCGAUGCCGAUGUCGAGGGUCCCAUGGGGCUGGGGGAUACAGUAACAGUGACGCCGAUGACGCUGCUCCCGAAUAGUCCUGAAAUAUUAGGUGGCAAUUUGUCGAGUUUCGCCUACACCCACGCUGACGCUGAGCGGGCCUACAGCCGGAAGUUCGGGUCGAUGCAGGCUGCCCGCUCUCACGAAACGAACCCGAUUAGUGCUGCAGAUGCAACGACCAGUUUUUUCGUCACGCCAUCACUGGUUGCAACAGCUGGGGGCGGUGGCUUCAUCGAGACGGCGCGCGACAGCAGAUUUAAGGACGAACGUGCGCUAGAGCAUCGAAGAGAACAAUGCGGCGGCUCAGAAAGUAGCAGUUCUUUCCGCGCCGACCCAGCGUCAAAACACGGCAGCAAGAGCACUCGGUACCCCGCAUCGAGCGGAAGCCCUGAAGAUGAAGCUACCGUUGCGGGUUUCGGCGGAAGUAGCAAAACGACGAACGCGCCAUCGACGUCGAAAACCACAGUGGCAACGAGCGGAGUAAACCAUCUCGAAUUGACUAGUUUAUCUGCAAGAACUUCUGUUACGCUUACGCAACGAGGAGCAAGUGCAAGUGCGACUUCUACGCAGUGUCACCACUUCGUUGUGAAAACGAGGCAAGACUUCGAGCGGCACGCCUUGCCGCUCUUGCAUGCCAACUUGCGUGGUGCGGGAUUGCUCGACAAAACUCGAAAUAACGGCCUCGUGUCUCAUGCCGCGUGCAAGGCGUUACUGAUGCGCCGUGGCCAGUUCUCGAACCGCUUGCGUCCCUUGUACUGGGUUUUUCUCCUACGACUGCCUUUCAGAGAAGACGCUCUCAGAGAAGACGCAGAUGGGUCUUUUGUUGAUGAACAACUACAAGCACCUUGCUCGCCUGACAAUGUUGUAAGGGUCGUUCUGAGUCUCGAGGAGCGCUUGUCGCGAUCCUUCAGACGCUGGUGUCCCGCACUCUUUUCGCAGCAGGGCAGUGCAGACGUUGUCAACGACUUUAUAGCAGCGCUGCUCCAUGGGCUGGGUUACAUACCUGGAUCCGGGGAGAACGAAAACAACUUGGGUUACGAACUGCACAUAAACGUCCUGUUCGAACUGCUGCUGUCGUUCUUUCUGCUCUAUGCCCGCGACUGGUUUUGGGCGGGCGACGGGAGUUGCCCCGAGUCCGUCUCCAUCGGAUUCGACGGGUUGGUAGCAGACCACCUAGGACCAACACGGUACGAAAACCUGUCGUCGUGCACUCGCUCACGUAUCAGCAGAGUAUCGAAUUUAAGACUCAUCUGUUGGUAUCGAAUUUACUUAAAUCAAUUUACAAUGUGAAGUUACCAUUUACCAUCUGGAAAUUUGGUUUUAGAAACUGUUGAAAGUCAAAGUGCAUCCUCGAAACGACACCUACCCUUUUUCUGUGUGGGGAUAAGUAGUUAGGGGCAAAUAAAGCUCUUUUUCUAAAUUUGAGAUGCGUGUGAUUAUGAUCUAGUACUAUCUUAAAGAAAGGGCCCAACAAGAACAAGCUGAAUGAUGCUGCGAGGGACCCACACGACUGCGGUAGCUCUAAGUAAUGACGUCGGCUGCUCGAAAGAUGAGACGGGUCAAUCCCUGGCAGAUGGUGGAUCUCGAAGGCAUGAGGAGUCUGUCGCUGCGACGUUGCUGUGGCCGUUGAUACGCACUCUGGGUCUUGCUGCAAUCGUUAAGGCGUCUUUGUGCUUGGCGUGUUUGUGCUUUAUUUUGUGUUUGUUGUUUUGGAAUGCUUAAGUGCGUAGCCCCCGUAUACUUUUGUUUCUGCUUAUCCCGGUAUGCAGAUCCUCAUAACUGCGAAGUUCAUUUUCAAUUUCGUGGCGCGAAUGUAUUGGCUACUGCAGCCACUACUACUCCUGCUAGCUAGAAGGAAAGCUUUGCAAAAUACACACCUCAGAAAGGAAGGCUCUUGCUCUUCUCAUUUCGACAGUGCUGUAGUUUCUUGAAGUUUCUAAAGUUGACAAGAUUACACAGGAACAACUAGAAGGAGGAUGUCAACCUUUUUUGAGGGUGUAGCGCUAAAAGCGAGAGUCGAGACUGGUGCUACGUUUUUGACCACUGCGUGGUUCACUGGCAUCGGCCGUGGAUGCUCGAGGCCUUUCUUCUUGCCUGGCUCAUGGACAGCACACAGCACGAGUCAGUAUGUAGCACAAGUUUGGUGAUUCCUCGGGUUUCCAAUCGCACCAGGAAGCCAACAAAUCUUAAGAAGCAGAUCGACGUGAAGGCAGUCGUUGCGUCCAUGUAUCGCUUGCAGGAAGAAGUAGGUGUGUACCUCGAAGCAGCGAGCACUGCGUCUGCGGAGAUACCGCUUGUGCCGCUUCCCAGCUGUGGCUCGUCUCUUCUUAAGGUUUGUUGUAGAUGAUGUAGAAACUUCGUCAUCUAUAGAUGGAGAUGUAGAAUCUUCCGAAAAACAGUAGAAAAUCAAGGCUAUUCGGUAUAGAAGCACUCGUCUUUUUGCCACGAAGCUUAUUGGAUUCAUUUCCCUAGAGUACCCUCGCAAGUUCCUAAGGGGAAUCCUGAGAAGAUGGACUUUCUCAGUAGAAUACUUGUGAAUAUCUGUGAGCUCUGCUAAGCUUCCGCAGUUUCAGCGUCUUCCGCAGACUUCCAUACAGCUGGUGGACCCACAUUUCAUGGCAGUACCACGAGGAGCAGCCGCAGCACGUGGCACUUCUCUUGGCCCUACAUUACUGACAACGACCGGAGGAAAGAGCCGCGGACUGGACCACUCAUGGACUGGCCCAGGGCAUCUCGUGAGCCCUUCUCUCGUGAAAGAGGAUACUACGUUAUUGGAAAUUUCGGUGUCAAUGUGUGACGAUCUCAUUCAGUCUCGAGAAGCGGAUAUUUCGCAACUAAGACAGCUCGGGAUUGUCACCUGACGUUUGGCGCCACUUCGCGGUUUAUCUGUGGGUUCGCAGAUGAACGACUCAACUUUUGUUUGCAAAGAAGAGAGAAGCACAAAAAAAAAGCAUGCUGUAGAUCUAU